UACUAACAUAAAAAAACUAUUAAACAAUCGACCAAAUUUCCGAGGAAUCUCUUUAUUGAAUAUUUGGCAACCCUGUAGUGCUGUAAACAAACACUUUUUGUAGUUCGUGCCCGACCAAUGCAAAAAUUUGCGAAAAAAUGGGAAAAACUAAUCACGGUACGUAUAAAUAUACGGAUGCUGCCAUUCAACAGUGCAUUCGAGCGAUUCAGAACCACGUUCCUGUAAAGAAGGCGUGCAAACAAUAUAAUAUUCCACGCUCUACAGUGAAGUAUCGCCUGGGAAAAAACUGGUCCGGAAGAACAAGGAAAGGUCCACCGACCGCGCUUUCCGACGUGGAGGAAAACGAAAUAGUGGCAUGGAUAAAACGGAUGGCACGGAAAGGCUACCCGAUAACCAAGAAACAUUUGAUUCUUGCCGUUAAGCAGCACCUCAGCAAGUAUCCUCGUGCGAAGAGUUGCAACAUGAAUGCAGGACAAAGGUGGUAUAAAGCCUUCAUGAAACGUCAUCCAGAUUUGACCAUACGGAAGCCUGAAGCUGUGUCCGCAGCAUCUGCAAAUGUUACGGAGGAAAAUAUCCGCCACUGGUUUCAAUCUGUGUAUGAAAUUCUUGUCGAAGAAGGGCAAAACGAUAUUCUUAGUGAUCCCACCCGAGUUUUUAACGGAGACGAAAUUGGAUUCAGUUUGGACCCUGAAACAAAGGCCGUCAUCUGUUCAAAAUCCGAAAAAAACGUGUACGUGAUUGACACAGGAUCCAAAAAAAAUAUCACGGUUUUGAAUACUUAUGGGGCUUCCGGAGUGGCAAUACCACCAUGUGUAGUGCUUCCAUAUCAAAGAAUUCCUCUCAGAGUUGCCAAGAGUUUUCCUCCAAGUUGGGGUGUCGGAAAAUCCGAAACCGGAUGGAUGACAAAGGAAGCUUUCAUGGGAUACAUAACCAACGUUUUUCAUCCAUAUUUGAUCCGUGAGAAGGUACAACUACCGGUAGUUUUGUUCGUUGAUGGCCAUCGAAGUCAUACUCCUUUUGAGACAGCUGAAGAAUGCGUUAAACUGGACAUAAUCCUCAUUUCACUUUAUGCCAAUUCUACACACAUUUUGCAACCGGCUGAUGUGGCAAUAUUUAGGUCACUCAAAGCAAGCUGGACUAAUCAGGUUCGAAUUUGGCAAGCUGAGCAUCCCGGAAAAACUAUUAGGUUGGAUGAAUUCGGGUGUAUUUUGGAGAUGGCAAUAAAUUCCUCAUUCAAAUCGAAAACGGUUAUUAAUGGUUUUAGAGCCUGCGGUCUCUAUCCAUUCAAUGCAGAUGCAGUCGAUUAUUCGAAAUGCAUUGCUAGAAAGCACGAUGAUCAACUACCACAGGAAAAAUCUGGUGGCGAGGAAAGCGUCCUAAUAUCUUGUCAAGACAUUCAAAACGCAAUCAACCUAAUUCCUGUCAGAAAAGCGGCGUUGUAUCGUGUGGUCGAAAUGGAUGAUUUCGCAAACGAAGAUGAUAAAAUUGUAUGUUCUAUAUAUAAAAAAAUACUGGCACCGCUUGAUGAACGUGACAUGCCUGAAGAGGAAUCGAUCGGCGUCACUGAAUUUGCCGCACAUUCUGAAAAACUGAAUGUUUUCAAAUCCCCGAUUGCAUUAGACGAGAGUAUUGGAACUUCAGAAAAUGUAAGAGCAGAUCGCACAGAUGGAACAACUCAAACUGAUCGGUUGAUUAUCGAAGUACAAACAUUCGACGAGGUUUGUACGGUUUCUAUGAAUACGCCAAACUCUCUUUCUGGUCAGGAGCUCCAGAUUAAAUCAGAUUGCGUCGAUUUUUGUCGGAUUAUACAACACUCGGAAAUAGUGGAUGCUGAUGAUCUUCCUCAACUGCAUAAUGCGGAAUUGUAUACAGUAUCCUCUGACGAACACGUUAACAAAGAUAUAGUAGAUACUGGUUUCCAAUUUCAUCAAUCAGUUGUAACUCCAUUCAAUGGAAUCAAGGAGGAGUCUGGUGUAAGUCAGCAAGCAGUACAGAAAGGAAUCACGAAAAACCUGACUGAUAAAACCCCUAAAACGUACUUCGACGAACCACAAACACCGGCGAAAAAAAGAAAGAAAUUCAAACAUGCAAAAAGCCCUCCAGUUCUAACAUCUAAAAAGCGGCUUGAGCUUCAUCAAGCAAAACAGGCAGCAAAGGAGAACAUUCGUGAAGAAAAGCAAAUGAAAUCAGAGAAAAAACGAGCUGAACGCAUGAAGAAAAUCGAAAUGAAAAAGUUGUCAGCUAUAACAAAACUGGAGGAGAAAUUGACACGUUUAAAGACGAAUGUUAAAUUUUAA